UUGUUAGUUUGCUGUUUUGCAGUUAACGGCAAAUGUAAUAAUAGUUGUAAAUUUAUUAUAUCUAUAAUCUAAUAAAAUAAAAUAAUUUUAAAUUUUAAUUUUCCCCGUUGUCAUUUUCUGCGUCCACCAUUAUUAUUCUUGCACUGUAUUAUCGUUAGUCAUCAUAAUCUUCCUUCACCUCAGCUUUAGCAGCUGCCAUCAGCCGCACCGCUCCUGUCCGAGUUUUCUUUACAAAGUGAAAUCUUAUUGGCUGGCAGUGCAGCGCUACGGCGUCAGGUGAUUCAGUGCCAGCCUCUACUCUCUCUACUCCUCGGAGUGGAUAAAUAACUGGCUGGUCUCUCAACCCGGAUGCUGUGCCAUAACUAUUGAUGAUUUUGCCCAGUGAGCAGCGCUGUGGGCAGAGCAAGGGAGCGGAAAUAUUCCAGUACCCUUGAAGCGGACAGCUGCCACCGGAUCUACACUUUGCUGACCGCCGGGCUCCGCAUCCGAGCUGGGACGGCAGGUGGAUCAAAAUUCAUACCAAACACAGGGGAGGGUGUGAUCGCCACACUGAAGGCAAAAACGUCCCCUGCUCCUGCAAGAUCGUGACCACUUGCACGCCACUGAGGAGGUAGUGAAAGGGUGAGAAAGAGGGUGGAAGAAAGAGAAAGGGGGGAGGAGAGAGGAGCAUCACUACAGAGAGAGAGAUGGCGGAGUGCGGGCGGAAGGCGCUGUCUCUCCUGGAAGCGGCCCGCUCCCGGUACGAGAGCCUGCAGAUAUCCGACGACGUGUUCGGCGAGUCCGGGGACGACAGCAGCGACAAUCCCUUCUACAGCACCUCCGGAGACUCCGACUCUGAUAACUACAUAGCCGAGGUAGGUGAGGAGGAUCAGCAGCAGCAGCAACAGCCACCGCAGCAGCAGCACCACCACCACCAUCACCACCAGAAACGAGGCGAUAAGGAGAGUGGACACAGCGGGGGAACAGGAGGUGGCAGCGCAGCAGGACCCCCCGGCUCCUUAUCCCGUAGUCAGGCAGAGGAAGAGGGCUGGACGGAGACUCUGCAGGAUGUCACGGUCCCGCCGUACAAUGAUACAUACGGACCUGCUCAAAAGAUGCCGGCCACCGCUACAGCCUUGGACUUUUUCCAGCUCUUUGUCCCGGACAACUGCAUCCAAAACAUGGUCACUCAGACUAACAUGUACGCCAAGAAGUUUCAGGAGCGGUUCGGCUCAGACGAAGGCUGGCGCCCCGUCACGGCCCAGGAGAUGAAGGCGUUCCUGGGCUUUGUCACCUCCACCAGCGUGCACCGCUGUGAGUCAGUGCUCAGCAUCUGGAGCUCGGGCUUUUUCAGCAACCAAAGCAUCGCCUUGAAGAUGAGUCAGUCGCGUUUUGAGAAGAUCCUCAAGUACUUCCACAUUGUGGCUUUCCGGCCAUCACAAGGAAGCAACCAGGGCCUUUACAAGAUCCAGCCCUUCCUGGACUCGCUGCAGCAGUCCUUCAGCUGCACUUUCAGACCAUCACAAACACAGGUUCUUCAUGAGCCCUUGAUAGAUGAGGACCCAGUGUUCAUCACCACUUGUACAGAAAGAGAGCUGAGGAAGAGGAAGAAGAGAAAGUUCAGCCUCUGGGUUCGACAGUGCACCUCCACCGGUUUUAUCUGUCAGAUCGCAGUCCAUCUGAAAGACGGCCAGGGUACAGAUGGUCUGGCCACCUUGAAGAACAAACCUCAGCUCCACAGUCUUGUGGCUAAGCAGCUCUGCCAGAACAUUUCCGGAAAAAACGCCAUCAUCUUCACUGGGCCAUCCAUCACGAGCCUCAGCCUCUUCACAGAAUUCAGCAAACAAGAUAUCUAUUGUUGUGGUUUGCUUAGCACCAGGAAGAGCGACUGUACAGGCUUACCGCAAAGCAUGCUGGUCUGUGGCUCCACGCCUGCUCAGCGUGGCCAGUCUCGCAUAAUGAUGAAAGGCAGCAUGUCGCUCAUCAGCUGGUACAACAAAGGACACUUUAAGUUCCUUGCCAAUGCCUAUUCCCCAACAAAAAAAGGGCUGAUCAUUAAGAGGAAAAGCGGGGAGAUCCCGUGUCCUUUGGCUGUUGAGGCCUUUGCGGCACACCUCAGCUACAUCUGCAAAUACGACGACAAGUAUAGCAAGUACUUCAUCUUCCACAAGCCUAACAAGACAUGGCAACAGGUGUUCUGGUUGAGCAUCAGUAUUGCCAUCAACAACGCAUACAUCCUAUACAAGAUGUCUGACGCCUACACAGUCAAACGCUACAGUCGAGCGCAGUUUGGAGAGAGACUGGUCAGAGAGCUGCUUGAUCUAGACGACUGCUCCCCCACGCAGUGAGGAAGAGAAGGAGGAGGUUGAUGAAGACAGAAGGAGCUCACAACAAAAAUACUUAACACAACCCCCCCCCACACACACACAUACAUUCACGCUCAACCUUACAGACUUUGCAGUCUGUGUCUAUGUGAUAAUACUGAAGCAGUGCCAAGCCUAUUUCUCUCUUCCUAUAGUGGUUUUUGUGGCUCUGUAAAUAUUCAUUAACACACAACUGCAUACUACACAAUAAUCGUGAGCCAUGAGACUCGACUGCAAUCAUUAACCCCGCAGAUUUACUAAGGAUUUGUCAACAGGAGCUUUUUCACAAGCAGAGCUGAAUGAUGGAACAGGAAAAGCAAGAAGAUUUCACUCCUAAAUGAUGUCAGCUUCAAGUUUUAACGAGUUAAAUUAUUUAUACAAGCCUGAAUGAAACUUCUGUCCAAACACCAUAACCGUCAGGCUGAAAGGCUACAUGUAGCUCAAUAUUUACACUCUGCAAAAACACCUGUAACAAAGUCUUAGUAAACCAGGAAUAAGGUGUGUUCACACGCUGCAUGCGUUAAGAAUCUCGAUUGUGAUGUUUACUUGUUCGGUGUGAAAAUGAUUUCUGCUCCAGGUGAGUUUUGAAAAUUUGUACGUGUGUAUUUAGUAAGUGGAAACUGCCGUUUGUGUGUGCGACAUUGAGCCAGAGGAUGUAAAUGUAUGGCUUUUGUGACCCAGAUGUGUUGUUGCUGCAUAUUGUACCUAUGAGAGAAAGACUGUCAGUCGCUAUAAAGCCACACCCAGCAGUGUGCCACAGCUUCACAGCCUCCCAGAAAAGACCAAAAAGAGUCUUUAAAAAGUUCCUGCUUCCAGUUUUUUUAAUUGUAAUAAGUAAUAUGAAAUAAACGGCAAUAAAGUUAAAGCUAGGAAAACAUAUUCCUAGGUUUUGUUUUGUUUAUCAAAGAGUUUGCUUCUUGAACUCAGGUUAACUGUGUGUGUAGGUGUUGAUUUUAUUUGACCACAGAAAUUAACAACUCCACAACUGUUAGCAAAUAUUACCCAAUCCUGAUUGGUACACAUAUAUAUAUAUAUAUAUGUGACUUUUUUCUGUAGGAUUGAAAGGCCUAUACAAAGGAAGCAAUUAAUAGAAUAGAAAACAGGCAUUCAGGGUCUUUAACAACAACUCUAACAACAAAUGCUGUCACAUCUGCGUCCCGCUUUUGUACCAAGAACACUUUUUUUUUUUUUUUUUUUUUUUUUUUUUGGCAGGAAACUCGUCAUAAUCAUGUGAUUCAUUACACUUUAGUGUACUUUAGCUUUGCAAGGAAGAACAUGCUCAAAUCUCCUCGAUUAAAUGAGCCAGUGUUGCUAGGCAAUGAGUAUAAUCUUGGCCAAUGGACAGGGGUUUGGGUAACAUUCCUUGGCAGCGCUUAGGUCCAGAAAGCAAAAACUAAAUCACUGGUGGCUUAUAAAACGUCUUAACAAAACAAAUGUUUGAACAAAUUAUAUUCUUUUUCUCAGUUGUUUUUGGCACAUUUCACCAAACAUUAUUUCUCAGCACAUUUUUGAAAAAUGCACGUCCCAAAACCUUAGUCUGUCAGUGAAUAAUGCUCUGCCCUCACAAAUCACACCACGGUAAACCGAGACGCUGAAAACUAAUUUUUCAUCAGAAUGACCGACUAGAAGUGUGUUCCUAAUCUUUGUCAUUUCCAAAAGGUUUUUCCCAACUUCUUUUCAAUGACUGAAAAUGUAGAUAGCACAAUGCAGAACAAAAAAACGUCUCCCUUUGCAGGUUUUGCCUGUUUCUAACAACCUGCUGUAACUCUGUAGCUCUAUAAAUGUGUUUUAUAGCACUCUUACUCCUGAAUUACACCUUUAUGCUAACCUGAUCGUGUAUCUGAGAGGAAUAUGUUAAACCAAACACCAUGAAGCUUCUUACUUUGGAGUGUAAAACUAAAUAUAAAGAAAGCUGACCUGCCUCGAACAAAAAGACACAUACACUUAACUGUUAAAAAUUCUAGACAAUAGUGAUUAGUCAUCAGGCUAAAUGUGCUAAAUAAUUUGCAGUACGCCAUCAGUUCACAACAUCCCACGCUAAAGAGUUUAGACACGACAGAAAGAAACUUUCUUAAAGCCCCUGAAAACUUUGUUUCAAACUUUUUUUUUUCCUAAAGACCAGAAAGCAAAAGUGAGGGAAAUACAGUCUACAUUCAAUACAAAGUGACAGUGAGGAUGCCGUUUGAUUUGAACAACAGAUUGUACUUACAAGAGCUUAAUUCACAUAUUCUCAAACUCUAAUUGGUGUAAAGGCAUACACGCCAUUACGAAAGACUAACAACUAAAGUUCAAGCGCCACUUUGAUGCUGUUAUACGGGUUCAUUGGCAAACAAAGAAUCAUUCUGUUGUGGACAAAUAACCAAAAUUUGUAAAGGAUUUCAUGUUGUUUCAAUAUGUUCAACUGUCAUUCAGUAAAUGAGCCAAAAACACCCCCCAGGCUAUAACACUGCUGUCUGUAGCUUUAACAAGGACAAGGUCAACACUUUAUUGUUGUGCAGGAACGUGUUAUGAAGACUAAGUGAAAGGUGUCGGCGCGUGCUUGCCCCAUCAGCAUGGUUCAAAGUGUGUAUUCAUAUACUGGUAUGAUGACAGUCUUUAUGCUGGUAAAGCAGAGUUGCUGAGCGAAUUGGUCCCACCCCCGUCACAGUCUUGCACUUUGAGGAGAGCUAUAAAGUUAGCAACACACAUAUUAAAUAAUAAUUUUAGUUUUGAUUUCAAAUUGAAAAAAUAAAUGAUUCUCUGCUCUCACAGAUGAUUUUUGUAAAUAUUAGUAGAUACAUGAAAUAGAUUGUAUUAAAAGAAAAUACACCAAUGAUAUACGAAUGAAAUUUAAUGACUGUAACCAAAACAGAGAAUUCUACUUCCACUGUAGAUUUAGAGAAAGUGCAGUACUGUACGUCUGUGUAUAUUUUGUUUACAAAUUACUGUGAGUGUAUGUCCAUAAUCACACUCUUACUGACACUCAAGAUUGUGAUUUCUUAUUAAUCUUUUUCACUAAUCCAAAGCAUUGUUGUCGCCGUUACUCUUGCCUGUGUGUGUGUGAGAAACCCACUGAAUGUUGUAGCAUUGUUCACCCCGAAGUAACACUCUGAAUCUUAGCAGGCUCUUCUGUUGUGUCAAAUGUUUGUCAACUCCUCCUUUGAUUACAAUAUUUGAUAUCCACAGAUUUGUUGUGUAGUUUGCCAUUCACUUGAAGUGUAUCAUAAUAUCGACAUGAAAUACAGACGUGGACAUUGUAGAAGCAGUCUGCCACCGUGCUGCAUUCAUUGGCAACUCAGAAUUUACACUCUCCAACCUGAAACAAUGAAAGUAAAUUGUACCAUUAGAUGGAUUUUGUUUUUAAUAACGCAAAUUGUGCAUUUUGCAUCAUUUACACCGAAAAUGCAAAGUAACUCUUGCUACUAUUACAGUGCUACUGCUGAGCACUUGUGGUUCAUAGAGUUUUUUUCUAUUAUGCAAGGGUAAGGUGUGAGUUUUUGAACACAUUUCAAGACCAUUAAUAGAUUAGACAGGCUCUAAUGUAUUGGUUAACUUUAUGCAUCUCUCCAUCAUUUUCUUUGACUUAUCCAGUUCACGGUUGCAGGGUGGAGUGUGUCUCAGAUGUCAGAGGGUAAAAAGUGAGGUAUAUCCUGGGCAGGUUACCAGUCUAUGGCAAGGCGUUCAUUUUAUCUGUUAAUAAAUAAUAAUAAAACAUCCCAGUCACUGUCAAUAGAUUGCUAUUUUGGAGAAAAGGGUAUGGCUAAGCCCCUUAAGGCCAGAAAUCUUGACAUCUGAUUGGCAUUUAAAGCCUUAAAAAACUUAAACCAGAACACAGUGGGUCUUACUACAAACAUGUGAGUGUUUUGUGUCUUUUCACUUUUGAAUUAAGUCUGAUAUCUUCCAUUAAUGAUCAUACACCUAGACAUAAUAUGUAGAUGUGAGAAAACAAGAUGUAAAUGAUAAAGAAGGGAAUACUGUGGAGCCAUCAGGUCAGAAAUAUUUGCCUUUCAUGUGGAUUCGUCAGGAAGAAAAAAUGUUGCCCAAACGUUAACUGCAUGUAAAUUAUGUACAAAAAGAUAACAUGAAAUUAGUCAGACUCAUUUCAUGUGUGUUUGUGCGUUGUGUGCUGGUUUAUCAUCUCCACACAGUGUCUCACAGAUGUCUGUCGCUAUCUGUGAGACAGAUGUAAUACUGAAGCAUUUUGAUGAGCGAUAGCUUUGGACAUGUUAAAGAUUUAAAGUGACUGACCUCAGGGCUUCAUAACUAACUGCUGUACAAUAUAUUCACUCACACAAACAGCAUAUAUACAGUACUUCUAUACCCUUAUCAGGUGCUUUCAAACCACUGUACAUUUAUUGCUCUAAUCAGGAGCUUUUUUGCAAGAGUUGUACCGCUAUUAUUUCCAGAUAAAAUGUCAGAAAUAACAAUAUUACCAAGCACCAAAAUGUGGUAAAAAUGUUCCGCUUCCCAUGAUUCUGGUUUGAAAUGGUGGCUGCAGGAUGUGGCAUAAGCGAUUACUGUGGGCUAAGUGUUAUCUAGCUUCACAGAAGUGCCAGAAGGAUGUGUGUAUGUGCAUGUAAUGUUAAAGCUGGCUGUGUUUAAAAAACAAAUGUAAUAACCGGUGUAUGCUGGACCAAAUAACUUUC